AUGGCGUCGUAUCUCCAGAUCGCAGAUGACGAGAAAGGUUACGACCUGGAGCUUUUCUGCGUACCCAGACAUUACGAGAAGGAUUUGGACAAGGUGAUCAUUCCUCAUGGACUCAUCAUGGACAGGACUGAACGCUUGGCUCGCGACAUCGUGCGGGACAUGGGGGGCCACCAUAUUGUCGCCCUUUGCGUGCUGAAGGGUGGCUACAAAUUCUUCGCGGACCUGCUGGACUACAUUAAGACGCUGAAUCAGAACAGCGAUAAAUCGGUCCCGUUGACGGUGGAUUUUAUUAGAGUGAAGAGUUAUUGCAAUGACAGAUCAACCAACAACGUCAAGGUCAUCGGAGGCGAUGAGCUUUCCAGUCUCUCGGGCAAGCAUGUUUUGAUAGUCGAGGAUAUCGUGGAGACGGGACGAACGAUGCAGACGCUGCUCUCCUUGCUAAGUGAAAACAGGCCCAAGAUGGUGAAAGUGGUGAGCCUCCUGGUGAAGAGGACCCCCAGAAGUUCAGGCUAUCGACCAGAUUACAUCGGAUUUGAAGUACCUGACGCUUUCCUCGUGGGCUACGCGUUGGACUACAACGAAUACUUCCGAGACCUCAGCCACAUUUGCAUCCUGAACGAUGAAGCCAAGGAAAAGUACAAAGUGUGA